AUGAGCAACCUCAAGCGCAAGGAUGCUCCUGGAGGGCAUCCUCCAGCCAAGUCUGCCAGGAAUUCGAAAGACGGCCGACCCUCGAAAUCGGAUUCGCCCGCCCAUGCCAAACCUGCACAAGCAGCCAAGCCCGUCAACAAGCCAUCUGAAUCGAGCAGCAACAGCAACCGACCCAAGCAUCCGGUCGUCUCGCUGUUGAAGAACGAAGAACCGAUUUUCCCGCGAGGUGGUGGAAGUGUGCUGACUCCGCUGGAACAGAAGCAAAUUCAGUUGGAAGCAAAGGCAGACGCUCGCCGUGAGGAAGAGUUCCACACUGGCAGCGAGAAAGCCGUGAAGAAGCACAAACAGAGAAAAGUGUCCCUCAAAGGCGGCAAGAAACCCUCUGAGAAAAAAGACGCUCAAGACUCUGUCAAGGUGGAGAGUCUCAACUUCAAGAAACUUGUAAAAGGCUCACUCGUUCUCGGCCAAAUCACGAGAAUAAACAACCUGGAUCUAGAAGUCGCUCUCCCAAAUAACUUGACUGGCAACCUUUCCGUUGUCGCCAUUUCCGAGCAAUUGACCAAUCGACUACAAGGGACUGCGCAAGAAAACGAGGAUGAUGCAGACGACUCCUCCGACGAAAGCGAUGUCGAUCUCAGUUCCAUGUUCACCGUCGGCCAGUAUUUGCGAGUUUACGUCGUCUCUACCGCGGACGAGUCUCUGGUUGGCAAGCAUAGGCGGAAAAUUGAGCUCUCCAUCCGACCAACAGAAUCCAACUCUGGACUGGGCAAAGAUGAUGUUGUGGCAAAUAGUACCGUCAUGGCCGCCGUUGUGAGCGUCGAGGACCGCGGCUGCGUCAUGGACCUCGGAAUCCCUGACCUCCGCGCGUUUUUGCCCCUUGGAGAAGUUGAUUCCGACAUGGACCAAGCACGCCUUCAAGAGGGGUCCGUGUUUCUCUGCCACGUCACCGGCAGAGGAUCGAACAGCAAUGUGGCACAGCUCUCUCUGCGGCAGGGCAAGCUAGGCAGCGUCAAGGACGUACCAUCGGAUGCCACAACCAUCAACACGUUCCUUCCCGGCACCGCGGUCAGCGUGCUCAUCAACAACUUGGAUAGGCGUGGCCUGACAGGCAAAGUCCUAGGCUCCCUGAAUGUGACCGCCGAUGUCAUCCACUCCGGCGUCGGUCCCAACGACACUGAUCUCGAGUCGACCUACAAGAUCGGGUCAAAAGUCAAGGCCAGAGUCAUUUGCAACUUUCCGACCGCCAGGGAACCCAAGCUCGGCAUUUCUCUGCUUCCUCACGUCAUGUCGCUGAGCCGGAAGCGUUCCGACAAAGACGCCAAAAGCCUUCCUACUACAGCCCUUCCAAUCUCAUCGUUGGUCGAAAAAUGUACCGUCAGACGUGUGGAGACGGAAAUCGGACUCUUCGUGCAUGUCGGAAUUCCCGGUCUCGGCGGGUUUGUCCACAUUUCACGUGUAAAGGACGGUAAAGUGGACGCGCUGUACGAAUCGAGCGGGCCGUAUCAGGUUGGAUCAGUGCACAAAGGCCGUGUCGUUGGCUAUAGCGAACUGGACGGUCUAUUCCACCUGUCCUUCGAGAAGAGUAUACUGGAGCAACAGUACAUACGGCUCGAGGAUGUACCCGUUGGAGCCGUCGUCACCUGCGAAAUCGAGAAGUUGGUCAUCAAGGAAGAAGGCGUCAGCGGUCUGAUCUUGAAGGUUGCCGAGGGCAUCACUGGCCUUGUCACCGAACGCCACCUCUCCGAUAUCAAGCUGCAGCAUCCCGAAAAGAAGUUUCGAGAGGGCAUGAAGGUCAAGGCCCGAGUCCUGUCAACCAAUCCGUCCAAGAAGCAGAUUCGACUUACCCUCAAGAAGACGCUCGUCAACUCUGAUGCUCCAGUAAUCAAAUCGUACCAAGACGCAAUCGUCGGCAUGCAAGCCCUCGGGACAAUCAUCAAGUUUCAGAACAAUGGCGCUCACAUCAUGUUUUACGGCUCACUGAAGGGCUUUCUGCCAAUCUCGGAGAUGAGCGAAGCAUACAUCAGCGACCCCGCAGAACACUUCCGUAUCGGACAAGUCGUCAACGUUCACGUUCUUGAUGCCGACCCGGAGCAGCGCCGCCUUAUUGUUUCCUGCAAAGAUCCCGGUGCUUUCGGCCUGGACAAGCAAGCUGCACUGAAGAAUCUCAAAGUUGGGGAUUUGGUCUCUGCCAAGGUCAGCCAGAAAACCGAAGAUCAAGUCUUUGUCGAGCUCGUCGACACCCAGCUCAAGGCGAUCCUCCCAGUUGGUCAUCUUACCGACAAGUCAACGUCGAAGAACCAAUACGCAUUCAAGCGCGUCUCAGCUGGGCAGACGCUCUCUGGCCUACUUGUCCUGUACAAAAACGAGCAGCGAAGGGCCAUCAUACUGACCCAAAAGCCAAGUCUGAUCGACGGCUGCAAGGAAGGCAAGCUCCUCGGCUCAUUCGAACAAGCAAAGGAGGGCAGCGUCGUUCCCGCUUUUGUGAGAAACAUCACGCAAACGGCCGUAUUCGUGGAGUUUGCUGGUCGCCUCACGGCUCUGCUGCCCAAAUCUCGUUUACCCACCGAAGCUCAGUCCAAACCGGAUUUCGGCAUGCACAAGCACGAGUCCAUCCAAGUCAAAAUCACCUCCGUCAUCCAAGACUUGCGGCGCAUUCUGGUCGCCCCUGCCUCCGCCGAAGCCCCUGAUGAGACGGUCGGCACGAAGGCAAAGGGAAGACCUGCAGCUCCCGAGGACGGCUUGGCUUGCGGUUCAGUCGCGCGAGUGAGAAUCACCUCUGUCAAAGACACGCAGCUCAAUGUGCAACUGGUUGAUGGGCAAGUUCAAGGGCGAGUGGAUGUGUCCCAGAUUUUCGACAGGUGGGAAGAUCUCGUCGAUCCCAAGAAGCCUCUGGACAAGUUCCGCAGGAAGCAAGAGCUCAAGGUGAAGAUCAUUGGCGUUCACGAUGCCAAGGACCACCGUUUCCUGCCCUUUUCCCAUCGUUCGGCUCAUUCCGUCCUCGAGUUGACAGCCAAGCCGAGCGACAUGAAGUCUGCGCAACCCACUCCCCUCUCCCUCGACUCUCUCAAGGUUGGCGAUUCCCACAUCGCUUACGUCAACAACGUCACGUCCCAGUUUCUCUGGGUCAACCUCUCCCCCAACGUCCGGGGUAGAAUCUCAGCCAUGGACGCUUCCAAUGACUUGUCUCUUCUCAACGAUUUGGAAUCGAACUUCCCCGUCGGAUCAGCGCUCAAAGUCAGAGUUGCGUCGGUUGACCUGGAAAACAACCGCCUUGAUUUGUCAGCCCGCUCGUCUGCCGACUCGCAGGGCGCCGAUUGGGCUUCUCUGAAGGAAAACAUGGUUUUGCCUGGCAAGAUUACCAAAGUCAACGAGAGACACGUCAUGGUGAAACUGAGCGAGAUUGUCUCUGGACCAGUGCACCUUCCGGACAUGGCUGACAGCUACGACGAUGCGAGCACUUUGCACUACAAGAAGAACCAAAUUGUCCGAGUCUCCAUCGUCGAGGUGGAUGCUAGCAACAAGAGGUUGAGACUUUCCAUGCGUCCGUCUCGCAUCUUGAGCUCUACCCUUGCCGUGGUUGACAGGGAAAUCAGGAAACCAUCCCAGGUAGCCUCUGGCGAUGUUGUCCGCGGAUUCAUCAAGAACGUGUCUGACAAGGGACUCUUUGUAUCGCUUGGUGGUCGGGUCACCGCCAUGGUCAAGAUUGCCAAUCUGUCGGAUAGAUUUCUGAAGGACUGGAAAGACAAUUUUCAGGUCGAUCAGCUUGUCAAGGGCCGCGUCCUUUCCGUCGACCCUGCACUGAAUCAAAUCGACCUGAGCUUGAAAGCUUCGGUCGUGGACGAGAAGUACACACCGUUGAUUACGUACAAAGACAUCGAGGACGGCCAGGUGGUCACAGGCAAGGUUCGCAAGGUUGAGGAGUUUGGAGCCUUUAUCCUGGUCGACAAUUCAAUGAACGUCAGCGGUCUCUGCCACCGCAGCCAGAUGGCCGACCAGGAAGUCAAAGACGCCAGGAAACUCUACAAGGAAGGUGAUGUGGUCAAGGCUUUUGUACUCGGCGUCGAUGCAGGUGAUCGGAAAAUCAGCUUUGGCCUGAAGCCUUCGCUGUUUGACGAGGAUACAGACAUGGACUCGGAUGGCUCAGAUGAUGGAGUUGCCCUCGACGAGGAGCAUGAUCCAGAUGACGAGGAAAUGACAGAGGAGGAAAAGGCUCUGCUGGCAAAGUUUCUUGACAACAGCGACGAUGCGGACUCUGAUGAAGAAGACGACGGCGACGACGACCAAACAGCGGGAAAUAAGAGAGAUGCCGAGGGGGGUAAUGAGGAUGAGGAAAUGGAGGAUACCCCAGCCAAGAAAUCAAGUGGUCUUGCAAUCGGCAAGAAGGCUAGUUGGGCAGCUGAUCCAUUUGACGAGUUGGCGCAAGAUUCAGACGAAGAUGCACCGAUGGAGGACAACAAAGACGAUGAAAAGAAGAAGAAGAAGAAGCGAAGAAAGGCCGAGAUGGACGUCGACAGAACGGCCCAGCUCGAUGUCAACGGUCCGCAGACGUCUAGUGACUACGAACGACUUUUGCUGGGUCAGCCAGAUUCAUCCGAGCUCUGGAUCGCCUACAUGGCGUUCCAGAUGCAAGUCAGUGAAUUGUCCAAGGCUAGGGAAGUGGCGGAACGAGCGAUCAAGAGCAUCAACAUCAGGGAAGAGGCAGAGAAGCUCAAUGUCUGGGUUGCGUAUCUCAACUUGGAAGUCACGUACGGGACCAAGGCGACGGUUGAACAAGUUUUCAAGCGAGCGUGCCAGUACAACGACGAGCUAGAGAUUCAUGAGCGUCUGGCCAGCAUCUACAUACAAUCUGAAAAGCUAAAGCUUGCCGAUUCCUUAUUCGAGGUGAUGGUGAAAAAGUUUGGUGCACGAGUGCCCAACGUGUGGACCAACUACGGCCACUUCCUUUUCAACAGUAUGAAGGAGCCGGCGCGUGCCAGAGCGCUUUUACCUCGAGCAACGCAACAGUUGGAUAGGAAGCACCACGCCAGCAUUGCCAGUCGUUUUGCAGCAUUGGAGUUCCGCUCACCGAGCGGCGAACCAGAACGCGGCAGAACGGUGUUUGAGGGGCUUUUGGCGACGUACCCCAAGAAGGGAGACUUGUGGAACCAGCUGCUCGACUUGGAGAUGGGCGUUGCAGGUUCCGAGGUUGACUCGACGGCUGUCAGGGACGUGUUUGAGCGCCGCACGCGGGUCAAGGGCCUGAAGCCCCAGCAGGCAAAGAAGUGGUUUCUCAGAUGGGCUGCCUGGGAGGCAAAGCUGGACCCCCAGGGCAAGGGCAAGGUGAUGAGCAAGGCCCAGGACUGGGCUGCACUGUUCAAGGCCAGAAAGGAGGCCGAGGCUGCAGCGGCAGCGGCAGCGGCAGCGGCAGCGGCAGAAGGCGAGGAAAUGGAGGAAUGA